CAUAUUUUUAGUCCUAGCCGUCGUCCUGGGUCUCUUCCUUGGUUCACCAUCACCGUCGACCGGCAGAACUUCCAGCAGCAUCGGCAUCUCAGAAGUAGAAAAAGCAAAAGAAAAAAAGAAAACGUUGGAGACUCUCUCCUCUCCUUUUCUUUCCCUUACACGAUCUCACUUCCAUCACCUCGAUCCUGCGAUCUCGCUCCGUCUCUUUCUGUAGUUUCACGUCUCUCGCUUCUUCCAUUCACCUGCUUUUCCGCAGCAGCAACAACAACAACAACCAGCAGUCGACAGGUGUUCAUUCGUAUACUUAGACGAUUGUGUUCAUUUUAACGCAUUCGAUCGUCGCAGUGCAACGGCGUCUAAUGUUGAAUGCAUUCGAUUGGUAUUCUACCGGAUAAGUUUGUGCGAAGUGAAAUAGUCAAGGAAAUAAUCACUUCUGAUUGUUGGAACCAUCGGGAAGCAUCUGGAGAAGUUGCUGCAACAUCUUUAAAAGUGUCCAAAACAAAUUCAAAGAAGUUUUAAUAUCGGGAAGAAACCGGGGAAGCACUGGCGGCUUCAGAAGAAUUUGGAAAGUUUUUGAAGGAAGUUAUACUUUUUGGAAAUACACUGGGGAGAUACCAAAAUUCCAGAAGUUUCUAGAAUGUGUCUGAAAGCUCCUGGAUACGAGAUGUAAUUGUGGAGUGAGUCGUAAGCCUUAAGAAGGACUCUGUUAGUUUCUAGAAAAAGGAAAGAAAGAGGACGAUGUGAAGAAACAGAAAUAUUAAUAUUUAGUGGACCUUCUUUACGAACUUACUACAAUUUAGGAAAAGUUCUGCUAUGUUAUUGUCAUCUUUGAUCUCCAUCAAAGUUUAGCAGACUUGUGAGAGUUUCGUUUUUCUUUCCAAAACCUGUAACAACUCCUGAAGAACUUGACGAUAACAUUUAAGAGUUCGAAAAAGACACUGUUUAGGACUUAGUGUUCAGUAAGAGUCUAAUUUUUUUGUGUUGAACCACACCACUUACAUAAACAAUUGAGUGAACUUGUACAGUUUAAAGUUUGUAGAGGAACUUGUAACGAACUGCUAAAAAAGACAACAUUGCGGAAGUUCGUGUACAAAUUUCAUGAUUUAAUUACGUUAAAUAAUUAACAAAGAAUUUUUUGACCAUAUUUAACGGUCAGUGAAACUUGGUGACGGACAAUAUCGCGUGCAUAGUUUUUUUUUUUUGAAUACUUUACUUUUACUUUCUUGAUGUGUUUUCGUUCGUUCGUUGCUGCACACAAGUGAUUGAAAAGAAAAUUCGGGUCAAUGGGAGAUGGACAAUAAGGAUAUAUUUCUAAUAAAUGCAAAGAUACAUUGAAAAUGGCUGCAGGUACCCUCCUGCUCCGGCAACCCACAACCUCGCCAUUAACAUCCCUGGUCCAGUUGGCUUUGACAAAGAAGCCACCCUUUUUGCGGUACGAGCUUCAUUGUGAAUUGGACCAGUUAAAGCUACUUCUACUUCCAAAAGGAGUUCCUUCUCCUGAAUAUGCGCGUCAACCGAGGGAAAAACAACUCCCGAUGAGAACUGCUCUUUUGGACAAGAACAUUCAUCUUCCGAAGAGACCAUCUCAAGUGUCCGCGUAUAAUAAUAGCAAAAAUCCAUCUAUAAAUGUCGACGAGGGUUUUGAAUCUGACAUAGACAGCGUUUCGUUGCUAUCUAGUGAAGAUGGAAAUCCUGCUGGUGACACGAACGUCAGGUCACACGAGACAGAUAGUGCUAACGGGUCGGCAGGCUCAGAUUCAGACGAUACAGAUGUCCCGUCACCUUCGAAUAUCGAUCCAGAAAAAUUGGACGCGGAUGUGAACCGAGUCGAACCGGAAAAAGAACUGAAACGUUUUGAAGUGUUUGAUCUAGUCGAUUGUAUGUGUUAUACUGACGUUAGCGUGGCCGAUCUUUUAAUUUUCGUUAUUAAACAAGAAGUGCUAGUGUUUAAAUUCGAGAGUAGCAAAUGUUUGGAGACUUUUUACAAGAGUUUUAGUACGCUCAAAGCCAUAUGUAGCCAGAAGGCGUACGGGAAGUCUCUCGGAGGCGCGACCAAGUUCAAUUUGCUCCAAAGGACUGACGAAAACGGCGUCACUCACAUUCAAGUGACCAGAGAAGUGAACGUUGCCCAGAAUACGACGAACGAACCAUGUCGAGAAGCUAACAGUACCGAGACCACUCCCAAGGAGAUUUCUCCAGAGGUAGACCGUACCAAGAAGGUGUCUACCGUUUUUCAUAAAAGAUCUCUAUCUACGGAGAACAUCCUCGACCAGAACAUUACUCAGACGGAAGUUCGAAGUGUGCCAGAAAGAAAUUUAAUUAGUGCCCGAACGAUACUUAGGAAAGUUUGGAAUUCGGCGGAAGAUUUAUUGGACGGUCCUCAAAGGCCCGAAAGGCGUAAAAAAACAAAGUCUAAAGCCCCAGAACCACCAAUGGCAUCUUCCAAAGACGACAUCUACAAAGGCCAAUACGUUAGGGUUUGCGUACCAUCGGCAAACAACAACAACAACAGCAUGCUGAAGAAUCCUUUGGUCCUUGCCAAAACCAAAAUAGAUUCUCCUAAAAGUACAAAAUCUAUGCCAUUGCACAAAGAAAAGCAUCCCUCUGCGUACUUUCCGAAAUCCGCCACUACUACAACCAUGACUUCCAGGCCUUAUCAGCAGUUUAGAUAUGCCAAUUUCUUCACGGGUUCCGAAUUGAGUCAAAAUAAGUCCAAUUGGACUAAUUCUGUGCCGAGAUUUUUUAAGAAAUCCAGAAGUCGUAGCGAAACACGGAACUUAACCCCUAUGGCCUACAGAUACGUCGACACAACUCGAAAUGUCAUCGAUAAGGAACUGGAAGGGGGACCCCAGACAGCUGACAUCUCGAAAUCAGUUUCUAACCGACUGUUCGGAAUGUCGUCCAAGUUGAGGGACUUUAGUUCUGUGCCUUAUAAUAUGAAUACGAUAGAGAGAAGUUCAGAAUAUUCAAGGGAGCCGGGGGAGUUGCGGAACUUUUUGUACAGAUCCUCGCCCGAUUUUUAUACCAGGUAUCCCGACGAACCUGACAGGCCAAACAGGAGCACAUUAGCCGAUUUGACGCUCAGAUUGGGCCACGGUGCCGGAAGUCUCAAAAGUGUCAUAAAAAAAAACGAUAAAAAGAAAAAAUCGAGCGAAAAAAAAGUUACUUUCAGUGCCUAUACUACAGUACAAGUUGUUUAGUAAUUUUUUUUACAAUGGAAAAACAAUAACACAGAUCGUUUUUUAUUAUUAUAUAUUUGUGUACGUUGUGUAGGUACCGAAGUCCGCGAGUGAAGUUAUUUCCCUAAAGAGGAAAAUGCAAUAAAUAAUAACAUUGUCCGAUAGCCUUUCGUUAUAGCGAUUAUUGAUUUCUAAAUUUUUUUAUAAUCACGAAGAAAGUGAGAGUUCCUACCGUAGACUUCGGUACUGUACAGUACGUUAACUAACAAGCUUUUUCAUAAAAUUUAUCGGAAAAAUGACCAAGCAAAAAUUUGGUACAGUUGUUUUCUUUCCAAUUACUUUCUGAUCGUCACGCUACAACGAGCCGUUCGCAAAAUAUACAAACAUGUACAACACAAAUCUCUGUAUCCUUAUAUAAAUUUUAGUCGCCAAUGGACUACGCACUUAAUGACUGCUAUAUUUAAUUAGUAAUGCUCAUUUGUUUUCAUGUUAUCACACGGUAAUACCCUUUAGAAAAUAAAGAUGCAUAUAUUACCAGCAGUUUGAUGGAAAGUAGUGAAGGUAAAUUGUACACCCCUGAUUUUACAAACUUUAGAUUCCUUUCGAGAUUUUAAGACAUUUUUUCCUUUACAGUUUUCUUAUCGGAUGCUUAGUUACUGAGUAGUUACGUAUUGAAAGUUGAAGUAAUCGACCAAUCAGAGCUCGUGUUGGUAGCUGCAAGGUGAAAUAGGCGGAGUCUGACUUCUGCUGUUCGGUUGCAGCAAAAAUGGAGCGCUGUUAUUGGCCGAUCGAUUUUAACUUUUAACUGUUAAUAACUCAGUAACAAGAAGUCGUAUUGAAAAACUGCAAAGGAAUAUUUUUCUUGGAAUCUCGUAAAGAAUUUAAUGGUCUACUUAUUUUAAAACAUUUUCUAAAUUUGAUUAAUAUUUCGUCAUAUUAUUGGUUGUACCGUUGUCCGUAUAAUUUACCUUGGCUUGUAAAUUAUUUCGUUGGUAAAAUCAAGCCACAUAAUUCAUUUAAACGAAAGAGGACACAUCAUGCAGCUAGAGGGCCAUAUAUUUUAUUUCUUAAGAAAUAAAAUUUUAUGGUCACCUCGUACGUCUUCUUUUUAUCAUCACCAUCGCCGCUACUAUCAUCGACACAAAAUCGUAACGUACGGUGAAAUUGACAUGGGUCUGCAUCUUCAUUUUACUGUUAUCGGAAAAUAGCAUUUAACCUGCAUCAUACAUACAACAUAUAUAGUACAUACAUACCCAUAUACACAUGUUGCUGUACCAUAAUGUAAAUAAUAAUAAGGAUAAUCUUUAUUAUAUAAACAUUUACAAAUAAUAAACAAAUAUAUAUUGUGA